AUGUUAAGCAGAAAAGACAAUGGCUCAUCUUGCAAAGUCCGUCACUUCGAUGAAAUUAGCUAUGUCCUCUUCCCCUCAAAUUCAACCAUCACCAAUCUCUCUGCAAUGGAAGAUAAAGAUAACGUCAUGGGAAAACUAAUCAUUCUCCUAAUCGCCGUCGCGUCCGCCGGCUUCGUCGUUACUAUCUACCACUGCAUCACCGCGGGAAACCUCCGCUCUACAUUACAUUUACGCCACAGCGUUCCAGUAUCGCCGCCUCGAAUACCAGCGCCCGGAGGAGAGAUUCAGAGCAGCUUCGAGAACUCCAUGGCGGAGCUCAUUCCGGCGCAUAAGUUUCAGAGAGGAAAAGCGUCGAUUGUCGGCGGAGAAGAUGAGACUGUGUGUGCGGUUUGCUUGAGCGAGUUUGAGGAGGGAGAAGAGUUGCGGACGUUGCCGGAGUGCUUGCACUCUUUCCACGCGCCUUGUAUUGAUAUGUGGUUCUACUCGCAUGCCAAUUGCCCGAUGUGCCGCGCCGAUGCUCUGCGUUCGCCGCUUGUGAAUUUGUUGUUAGAUCAUAGUUUGGAAGGAUCGGCGACCCAGCAGAGUCCUAAUGUCUUGCCGAUUUAA